AUGCUUAAAGUAGGAGUUUAUCUGCCUUGACCCCAAAAUGUUUAAAGAAUUGCAGAUAUUUUAAUAAGACUUGAUAGAUUCCAACAAAGAGGUAUUAUUUAAUGUGAAUGAUGAUCUUGUUUAAGCAGGGACUAGGUUGUUUUGUGCAAUCAUUAGAAACCUCUGAAAAUCCAUGGAACAGCAGUCUGCCAUAACCAGAGUGCAGAGCUUAGCAGAGAGAGGAAUCCAAACAGUUCCACUACAAUAUGUUAGGCCGAGAGAAGAGAUCUUCAAUAAUAUUAAUUCUUCUCAUGCACAGGACGUUCAGAUUCCAAUCAUUGACUUGCAUGGCUUGGACGUGCAGCCUCUGAGCAUAACUACUGUAACAGAAAUUGCAAGCGCUGCAGAGAAGUGGGGUUUUUUUCAGAUUGUUAAUCAUGGAAUUCCUGAGUCUCUUAUUGCUCGAGUACAAGCUGUGGGGAAGGCCUUCUUUGAGCUUCCUAUGGAAGAAAAGGAAGUGUAUAAAAGUGAAGGAGGAGGGAACCAUAUUGGGUAUGGCACCAAAGUAGGAACUUCGGCUGAUGCGAAAUUAGACUGGAGAGAUUACUAUUAUAAUAUUUUGUGGCCUGUUUCCAAAAGAUUCAUGAGCAAGUGGCCCAAGCAACCUUCCGAUUUCAUGGAAGUGAUGGAUGAAUACAGCAAAAUGAUUUGCAAAUUGUGGGAAGUUCUAAUGCAGGCACUAUGUGGUGGCCUUGGAUUGGCUAAUGAAAAUGCUCUUGAUGAGGCGUUGGGCGGAGAGAGGAAGGAGAUUCAUUUUACCAUAAACUACUACCCGCCCUGCCCUCAGCCAGAACAGGUGUUUGGCGUCUCACCUCACUCUGAUGUGGAUGCCCUCACAAUUCUCCUUCAGGACCAAAUCCCAGGCCUGCAAAUUCUCAAGGGCGAUGCAUGGCUUGAUGUUCCCUGCAUCCCGGGUGCUCUUGUGGUCAAUAUUGGUGAUCAAAUUGAGAUAUUGAGCAAUGGAAAAUACAAGAGCAUUGAGCAUAGGAGUUUUGUUCACAAAAAAUGUGUAAGGAUGUCAUGGUCCAUGUUCUGUACUCCGUCUCAAAAUGUAAUCAUCUCACCUCUUAAAGAAUUGAUAAGUGAAGAGAAUCCUCCAUUGUAUGGAGCAUCGUCCUAUCAAGAGUAUCUUGAGCAGUUUUUCAUCAAAGGAUUGAUUGGCAAGGAUUAUAUCAAUGAACUCAAAUGUUCAUCUGCAUAGGAAUCGAUUUAAGAUCUUUUCUUGUAAAGUGACGUGUGUUUUCUCUUUCCUUCUUUCAUAUCUAAGAAAUUAUUUCUUAGAUUGUGCAUGGUUUUCUUGACUGGUUCGUGGCUGCUGGUAGCAGUAUGAUGCUUCAUCUACAGAAUGUUACUCAGUCCUCCUUGUAAAGAGAGUUACUAUUACAAUUAUUUAUGUAAAUGACCUUUCACAUUUA